GCACACGGCAGGAAAGCAAAUAAAUAAAUAUAUUGGUUGAGGGAAAGAGAGAGAGGAAAACGGUUCGGCGCCGCUCGGUCCGCCUUGAUUGUGUCGAUUAAGAUUCCGGACUCUUCGGUUCGUGUGACGGCCGGAGGAUAACGCAGCGUGUCCGUGUCGAAUGUAUUAACGAUCACCGAGGGACACCGGCGACACUGAGACGGCCCGGCAGCAGCGCCCGCACGCACGCUGGAUGAGCACCGAUGCGGAGACAUCACCAGCGGGGGCCUGCAUCAACUUCCGGCCACCUCCAGAUCCCUAGAAUGAGUCUGCGUUGUGCUGGGCGCCACCAGCCUCCCUCUGCACCCCCGGUGCCCUGGGAGGAAGAGAAUCUCCAGACACUAAUCAGCACCAAGUGACUGUGGAAGAGGAGCCGGCAAUAAAGUAGGAGGAGAGAAGCCCACUUGCGAGUGUCUCGGGCUGCACCUCCCAAGCAAACCCACCAACUGCUCCUCAGAAUCUUCACCGGGGGCCACCAGAGUCCUCCAGCUGCAGAUAUUCUGGACUCGAUACAUACUUUCCCCUGUCAUUCCUGGCUGUGAUUGGUGGGUGGGGUUCUUUUUUUACCCCUGGCUGGGGGAGGGGGGUUUGAGUGCUGGGCCCUCCCCCCCCCCUUCCUUGAUUCUCAGCAGGCUAAGUGACAACUCUGGAUUUUUUUGUGUGUGAUGCAAGCAUGUCGGGGGGUGGCAAAAGCGCGUCCGUCAACACGGACUACGCCGUGUCACUGUUGGAGCAGCUGCGGAUAUUCUACGAGCAGCGGCUGCUGACGGACGUGGUGCUUCUGGCCGAGGGCGCCGAGUUCCCCUGCCACAAGAUGGUGCUAGCCACAUGCAGCUCCUACUUCAGGGCCAUGUUCAUGGGCGGCCUAAGCGAGAGCAAGCAGACCCACGUCCACCUGCGGAAUGUAGACCCAGCAACCCUUCAGAUCAUCAUCACCUAUGCCUACACGGGCAACCUGGCCAUCACGGACAGCACUGUGGAACCCUUGUAUGAGACAGCCUGCUUCCUACAGGUAGAGGACGUGCUCCUGCGCUGCCGCGACUAUCUGGUGAAGAAGAUCAAUGCAGACAACUGCGUGCGCAUGCUGAGCAUCGGGGACAUGUUCAGCUGCACCGAGCUCAAGCAGAGCGCCAAGCGCAUGGUGGAGCACAAGUUCCCAGCCGUUUACAAGCAGGAGGCCUUUUUGCAACUGUCUCAUGAGCUGCUGCUGGACGUGUUGAGCAGCGACAACCUCAACGUGGAGAAGGAGGAGACGGUGCGCGAAGCAGCUAUGCUGUGGCUGGAGCACGACAUGGAAUCACGGUCGCAGCAUCUGUCCUCUGUGCUCAGCCAGAUCCGUAUCGAUGCUCUGUCGGAGGUCGCCCAGCGCGCCUGGUUCCAGGGCCUACCACCCAAUGACAAAUCCGUGGUUGUGCAAGGCCUCUACAAAUCCAUGCCCAAGUUCUUCAAGCCCCGCCUGGGCAUGACCAAGGAGGAGAUGCUAAUAUUUGUUGAGGUAGCGGUGACGGAGUCGCCCAGUGACGGACCUGCAGGGGGCGCUGCUCAUGCCACCAUCUGUUACAGCCUGCAGGCUGAGAAGGUCUACAAGCUGUCCAGUCUGCCGGGAGACCUCCAGAAGGUAGGCACGCUCGUCACGCCGGAUAAUGACAUCUUCAUCGCUGGUGGCCAAGUGCCGCUGAAGACCUCGGUGGUCAACCACAGUAAGGGCGGCAAGCUGCAGGCUGCGUUCCGCUUGGUGGACAGCUUCUUCUGGUUCGACGCGCAGCUCAAUGUCUGGGUGGCAAAGACACCCAUGCUGCGGGCACGGGUACGGCCCUCGUUGGUGCACUGCGCCGGGCACAUCUACGCUGUGGGUGGAGACAACACGGGUGGCGAACUAAGCCGGCGCACUGUGGAGCGUUAUGACCGUGAGAAGGACGAGUGGAGUAUGGUGAGCCCACUGCCAUGUGCCUGGAACUGGAGCACCUGCGUAUCAGCAUGUGAUUGCAUCUACCUGAUGACACACGACCUGACGUACCGCUAUACCCCGCGGACUGAUGCCUGGGUGGAGAUGGCCUCCCGGCCCACGAGCCGCUGCUUUGCCUCAGCCGCCGCCUUUGGCGACCUCAUCUUCUACGUAGGUGGCCUGCACGUCGCGAGCAACUCGGGCCUCCGGCCGCGCACUGGGGCAGCGGACGGCUCCUCAGUCGAAGUGGAGAUCUACGACGUCAGCAAGAAUGGGUGGCGCCGGGCAGCCGGCGUCCCCAUCAAACGCUAUGCCGAGUCGUGUGUGUGGGCUGCCGUUCUGUUGGACUCGCCGUGCAUCUUUGUGCGUGAGACGCAUGCCAAUGAACGUGCCCGCUACGGCAUCUACCAGUACGAUGCUGGGGCAGACCGCUGGCACCCUCGGCAGGCUGUCUUCGAACGCGUGCUCUGGGACCUGGGCAGGGACUUUCGUUGCGCCGUGGGGAAGCUCUACCCUUCCUGCUUGGAGGAGUCCCCCUGGAAGCCCCCCACAUACUUUUUUGCCCCUGACGGCUCAGAGGAAUUCGAAGUGGACGAUGCGAUAGUGCCCCUCCCUCACGUAUAGCUCACAGCCAGCAUCCCCCUCCCCGAAAAAAACAAAAAGCUCCACAGCUUUAGGUCGCUUAGCACCAUAGCGCUACGCAAAAUCCCACAGCUGAAGUGUACCCCGCCCUCACCUCCUUUGCUACGCCACGGACUAAGUCAGACAGCACACCUGCCUCUCCCUUUAACUAGUGCUUUUCUUUUUUAAGAACAAUCACUUAGGUUUUUUUUUGUUUUGUUAAUAUACGCUCCCAUCAAGCGCUGUUGCGCUGUGUAACACACACUCGCACGUCAGAGACCCCCCCCCCCCUCACAGCACCAGAGGGUCCUGAACCUACAUAUCUUCUCUGCCACUGACUGCCGGUUUGUCAUUCCACUCCGGCAUUCACAUUGGAACGGUGGUUGGGGGUGGGGGUGGGGUCGGGGGAGGCCCCGCGUCCACAGAGGCGACUGCAGGUCCAGUCUCCAGCCGGGGCCCCGCUUAGGCUCCGCCCCCUCGGCUGCCACACAUCCCCAGGCCACCAGUCCCCGGGAUGCAGGUCUUCCACAUCAGCCAGCAGUUCCCCUUCUCUCCCGUCACAUUUGGCUGAUUCGGGGGUCUUCUUUUCUCGAGGAUUUACCACGUCAUGCCUCCACUAUCUUAAUAAAUGCCUAUAUGCUGCUGAUACUGAGAAUACCUAUUUUUCAUGUGUUUAAACGGUUUUAGUGUGGAGGAGGGAUAGAGUAAGUAGGGUUAUUUUGUAUUAGUUAUUUAAUAUCGGGAAAUUACUGUAGUGUGAUUGUGUAGAUUAUUUUGGUUUCUAUUUUUCUUCUCCUUUGAGUGAAUUCUCGAGCCAUCUUGUUGCUGUAUGGGUCUGGACACCGACUGCAACUCCCCCCCCCCCCCCC